CUAAUAGGUUUCUCUUUAUUUAUUUAUUUAUUUUGCUCAGGUGUUUGAUUCCCGAGAAAAUUAAAAAAUAUAGUGGGAAAAAUAAAAUAUGAAAGAGAAACAAAGGGAAAAAAAGGAGUAGGAAUGGGAUCUCAUUAACUGUCAGUCUAACCUCAAAACCUGUUGUUUUCCUGUUUCCUUUCUUCUUUCGAUUCUCCGGGAAUCUGAGUGACAAUUUCUUUUCUUUUGAACGGGGGAGCGUAAUUUGUUUUUUGUUCUAAGCGUUUCCUUAUUAUGGUGUAGUGGUAAGUAUAAUAGGCGAAUAUAAGUUGAAAUAAUACAGGAGAUGAGCAAAGAACAGCUGCCUGAGCCACUCGAUUUCUUCAUUUGGACCGUUGAGGAUGUUGGUAUGUGGUUGGAAGAUAUAAAUCUUGGCAGCUACCGCCAGAUUUUCAAAGAACAUGGUGUAAAUGGGGAAUACCUAGAAGGCAUGUCUAUGUUCACAACUGAACAGAUUCUUAGAUUUAUAAGGCAAUGCCAUAUGAAGUGGGGAGACUUCAUCACUCUAUGCAAGGAACUCAGGCGAAUAAAGGUGGCCUGCCUUAAAGGAGAGCAAAAAGUUCACAGGCCAUGGUGGGCUCCUCCUUGCCUUUCAGUAGUAUUUGUCAAGGUAGCGAAGCGCAACAGACAGUCGCGUAUUGUCUCCUUGAAGCUCGAACAAUAAUGUGAAAUACGCUUAUCAUGUACGUGUGUCUGUGUUUUUCUUUUAAAUUUUAUUUUAGGGAGCAAAAAUUAGGGAAAUCCUAAUCUGUCUAGGUUUUGCUGAUGGUUGUUCUUUCAAGAACUUGUUUACGUAUACAAGCUUGUAUAUGUAUAUGUUAUCAGUUGAUUUUAUACGCCAAGGAAUUUGUAAUA